UUAUUUUGCUUCGACUCAGACCAACACGGCUACCUACCUGUACACUCAAGAGAUAACUGCAGGUUCGAUUCAUGCACCUAAUGUGGAACAAUUAUUUUUCCUGUGGAAAGUUUUUUUUUAGAAAAACAAAACAAAUCUUUGCUAAAGGGAAUAUAAUUACAGAGGAGUUUCAUCUAAAGUCUUCAUCCCAUAGUCAUAUUCAACAGAAGAAGAAAACAGAUGAGAGUAGAAAACAGAUGAAUGCAUCAUUCUAUGGAAUAUUGAUAGGGUGAAAUUGGAACAAAUCAGAAAUUAAUACCCCACAACAGAAAUGUACUUGUGGACAAUCGAGAAGCUACAUAUUACAGUUUCCAAUUCUAUGCAACUCUAUGUGCUUUACACUUUUUUAUCUUAAUAUCUGGGAGAUGGGAGAUGAAUAAAAUAAUAAUAGUUUGGGGGGGAGAAGCAGCAGCAAAAUACCAUAGUUAUCACAGAGUUUACCACAAUAAUAAUCAAAUCUCAUAAAAUAAAUAUGGGAAAAUUAUAUAUAAUCACAGCUAAAGUGACAUGCUGCCAACGUAUAACUGUGUCACUUUAAAAUUAAAAUUGCUACAUCAACCAGCAUCUUUUAGCCUUUUGUGUGCAUUUGGCUGUGUUAAAUGAGGUUUUGUAUUUCACUGUGGGUUUUGGCAAGGCUUCGUAUGUUUGGACUUAAGUCAACACCGGUUCCAGCUGAACAGUUCCUGUCAUUAACUUUGCUUUCAGAGGUUCAGGACACACUGGAUGUAUUUGAAGCAAAGUUGAUAUUUCAGUUGAUUGAAAUCAGCAGCUCUGCACCAGGUACUGAAGGGAAUCCGAGCAAUGCAAGAAAGCCAUUGCCUGGCUCAUGGUGAAGGCUUAUAAAUAUAUGGGUGGUAUUUUCUUAGUGACUCAUCUAUCAAAGCAACGAGCCUCAGACUGUUCCGGGCAGCCAACCAAGAUGGACGUAAGCAUGCUUGAAGAGCAAUACGACUGUCUAAAACAGAAGCAAAAACUGCAGACACACAUUAUUGUGUUUAAAACAGGUGAGAAUGAGACAGUCCCAGGGGAAUCGAUGGUCAGUGCUGUUUUAAUUAACAAGAAAAUGAGGAAAGCAAAAGCAUUGAAAGAGCAUGCUCUUGUCAAAGAGGUUAGUCUUGAAUUGCCCUGCAGUGAAAAUAUACAAGUGAGUUCACCUUGGCGGAUACAUCUAGAGAUCCACCGUCUUGCACAUGGAGAACACCAGGAAGUUCCUUUGGGUGCUGUCCAAAACAGCAAUGAACAGGUUAGCACUGAGAGCGAAAUACUGUCUCAGAAGGAGAGAGUGAUGACAUGCGAAGAAUUAUUAAAAGGAAGUGAACAAUCUGCUGGAAUACUCAGCGAACAGGAAAGUUUGAGCCCUGCUGAAACGACAGACAGUUCUUAUUCACAUUUGACCUCUGUUACUUCACCAGCUUGGACACACACUCAAAUUUCAGUCUCAAAAUUGGCACCGACAUCUAGUAAGCUACCCUACUACCCUUUCCCUCAGAAGAAAACUCACAAGAUCUCUGAAGCUGCAAGAAGACUUGGAUUGUAUGUUUCACAGUGAGAGCAUCUCAUUAAGGAAGCCAGCCAAGUCUUGCUAUGCACAGAGUCCCCUACGUAGAAGCAGCUGCAUGUUCCUUCUGGUCACAUGUGCAGCUGUGAUCGGAUUCAAACACCUGUGGUCACAGGAAUUGCUGUGGCUGUAGCCAUGUAUAGCCCAGCUUACACAAGUGUUACUCUAGAGUGGGAAAGGAAAAACUGGGGACAGCUCAAGCUAUUUUAAACAUUUGGCUAAAAUAUUCUUUUGCCCCCAUCUCCUGUGUCAAGGGGCUUGUUCACAUUUGAGUACUCGUUAGCUGUUAAUCAACUCCCCACAC